AAAGAAAAAGUGCGGCAAGUCGCCGAGGCCGUUUCUUGUCUUCUCUGGUGCGGCCUAGACUGCUCUGCAGGGGUGUAGCGGAAGAGCGGCCCCCGCCGCCGCCAUCGCUGCUCGGAGUCAGCUGGAAAAAGAGCGAGGAGGGACCAGACGAGAGAGAUUGGAAUCAACUCUGCAAUCAAAUCACAUUGGCUGGUUUGGAAAGUUAAGUCAUUUUUAAAAACUAGUUUAUUUGAAACAGGAGUAAAGUUGGUCUUUUUUCAAUGUUGCUUGUGUAACUGUUCCUAGUCUUUCCUAAGCAUUGUUUAGAAUACAGAUAAUCCUCAUUUUACAACUUUUCUCGCCACACUGUUACUACUACUACUACUACUACUACUACUACUACUACUACUACUACGGCUUCUUCUCCUUCUCCUCUUUCUUCCUCCUCCUCAUCUGUCAUCAGAUGUUGACAAUCUAUUUUUGUCAACAGCGGCACAAAAAAGUGCUGCUGAGUUUUGUCCAAACCAGUUCCUUACAUUUUGAAGCCUUGGUGUUCUUCUUCUGUCUGGAUCUCGUUUGCCUUCAAUUUUUCCCUGGAGGAUUAAGUGAAGUAUGUCAUAUUUUUCCAGGUGUCGCAUCACAUGUCCAAAAUAUUCUAUCUUUCCCUUUUUUAUGGUUUUGAUGAUUUCCCUUGGCUUUCCCAGGCGGCUUUCCCAGUGAAUCAUUGCAAUUCUUAAAUUAGUAACACAGUUGUUAGGUGAAUCUGAUUUCCUCCUUGACUUUCUUUGUUAGAAGAUCGCAAAGGGAGAUCACAUGACUACAGGACAUUGCAACCGUCACAAAUGUACUAUAUUGUCCACCAGUUGUGAUUCAGAGGAUUGAUUUGAACCUUCAGAAUAUUCAACUUGGAAUCUAAUUUGAAGCUCCAAAGGACCCAGUGUCUUUCUUUCGGGAUCAUCUGGAAUAGUGCGGCUUUGCGAGAAAAGAAGAGCCCCUCCCCUCAUGCAUUUUGAGAGAGAGAUGGGCCAGGUGCUCCCAGAGUUCCAGGUCUGGGUUCCAGAUAACAACAAAAAAGCCAAACAAGUUGGAGGUUCUGCAACAAUCUUCAGCCCAGAUCUUCUAGGCAUCAUGCUGGUACUUAGCUAAGGAGCUGGCUAGGUGUCAUCGCUAUUCCUUCUGGCCUGGUCAUCUGUCUCACCUUUUAAACCUGUUUUCGUUGUAACUUCCAGAGGAGUUUUACUUUUAGAUAUUCCUGACUGUAACUCAGGCACACAUUAACCUAUUGUAGGAUAAAACCCUUUGGUAAUACCAUAUUGAAAAUUAGAGAGAUUACUAAUAAUCAACAUUAGGAGGAUUAUAUCAUGUUAAGGCUUGCUUUGAUCAUUUGAAGACAAUGGACAGUGAAAAACCGAAAAAAUAGUAUUUUCAGCAAUGCAGCUUGUGUGCCAAAUGGGCUUGAGCUGUUACUGCAGUCACAGCUUGCUUGGAGAAAAGCCCACUAGAACUUUUAAAAUGCAAAAAUAAGCACAGCAGGAGUGGUUUGCAGCAGAAAUUGGUCUAGCAGUUGGCUUGUCUUUACAUUUGCUAUUGUACUUGACAAAUAAGGAAUUUGUUUUUGACCUAGUCUCAUACCCAAAUUCUGUGUUUAAAAAAUACUAUUUAUAUAAUCAUUGAAAUUGGGGGUUAGCAAAUAUAUUUUCAGAAAUUGCCUUUUCAUUUGAAGGUGUUCGAUGAGCUAAUUUAUGCAUGGCAUGAGCUUCCUUGAAAAUGUUGUCCUGACGGGAUAGAAAAACAAACACAAAUUGUUUUAAAAGUUUGCUGCUAGGAGUAUUUAAAUCACAAAAAUGCAACCUUCUUUUAAUCUAUCAGGCCUAGCAGCAUUUCUUCCUGUAAGAUGUAGUCAGUGGAGUAAAGUUGUUACCCAGGCUGCUGGUGCUUUCAUGACUCGUGGGAUUCUAUCGAUUGUUAUUGAAAAAAAACUCCACGAGGAAAGAGUGUUUCAGAACGAUUCUCGUGAAGCUGCUAUUGCCAGUUUGAGCGUCAUUGGAUCCCAUCUUCAAAUUGCCCCACAAUUUUGUUUCAGUGAUUUGGAUUUGGAAAAAUUGGUUAGAUCGAUAUUUGCCAAGCCACUUGACCCAGCCAUCUUAAGAAAUGAUGCUCAGUUUGAACAAAAUUCAUUCAUAUUUGGUCCAGAUGCAGCCCUGAUUGUGCCUAAUGCUCAGGGCAAUUUUGUUUUCAAUGCUGAACGAUUUGAUGCUUGGAUGGGACAAGUUUUUGAUGCCAACAAUCCUGUGCGUUCCCAAAACAAUUGUCCUCAGGGUGCACCUGCGGCGGCUAAACCUGCACCUGUAGCCGGGGAAAUUCAUCCUUGGUUGUUCGGAGGGCUUCUUAAUGUGAACCUUGCUGAUGGAACUGACAAUACAGCUAUUCUUCAAGACAAUCCUCUGUGGUCUUUUGAACUAGUAGCUCGGGUUAUGGUAAUGUCACCCCAAGGAAACCGAUUUAGAGAAAAAAUCUUAGCAAAUUUGACCACAGCUGUAUUAAUAGUAACCUGUGCGGGAAGUAUUAGUCCAGCUAGACUGAACAAAAUUCUUAGACAAAUCCGUCAAGAGACAGGAUCUCUGGAUAUUGAAGUAGAUCAAGAUACUGUGAUUAAGGGUUUCUAUUUUCUUCGUGCCAUUUGGGAUAGGCAGACCACUGGACAAAAGUUUGAAGAGAUGUUUACUAAUCUUAAAGCAGAAGUUACUAAAACUUCAUUGAUACUUGGGACUAUGGUUGAACAAACAAGAAACAAAAUGUUGACUGGAAUAGUAACUGUUAUUCAAGCAAUUAGAACAUAUGAAGAUUUUCCCUGGGCAGAGUUAAAUGAACGUAUAAAAGGAGUUACUGGAAAAGACGAGAUGGCAGCAGCAGCUGCAUUUGGAGAUACUGUUAAUAAUUGCCAUUGGAUUGGAUGGACUUAUAUUUUUCAGACUGCCCAGCCAGGACAUACAAAUAAGCAAUUUCCAAACAUUCUUUACACUGCUAUUCGCCUUCAAAUUUUGGCAGGAGGAGUUCAGUCUCUUAAACAAUAUGAAGGAUUGAAAAAUAUGAUAUCAGAAAGGUAUAUGAUUGAUGCCUGGGUUGCUCAAUAUGUUCAGAAUCGCCAGAUUGGUGUUAAUUAUUCUGUUCAGCAAGGUGCAGCAUCCAGUGUGGUUGAUCAUAUGAGGCAACUUGACUUGAAUUGAACAUGUUCUCGUGGAAUGCUGUUUACAGAGGGAUAGCCUGUUGCAUGUAAAUCCUGAAAAACUUUGUGCCUAAGGUGGCAGUAGAAUUCACCAUCUCCUUGUUUUUAGCCUACUGCCUUUAGGGACUAAACCAAACUGAUUCUUGUUAAAAUUACUAGCAUCUUGGAUCUAAAUGUCAGAGUAUCAUUUUUCAGACAAGCUGAACUCUUCGGGACUUCUAUGGAAUAUGAAAAGCCUACUUUUUAAUGGGCAGAGAAUAGAAGUGAUUUGCUAUGGCCUUCUUGGAUGAUUCUCCAGUCCCAGAUAGUCCACCAUCCUUGCUAAUCCUGACUGUUUGGCUUUCUAGAUGAGCCAAGACAAAAACAUUGAACAUAUAUUUAGAGAUACGAUAUCCAAAAGCGUUGUCCAAAAUGUACUUAUUUAUUAAAUUUGUGUCCCACUCAUCUCCUUUUCCAUAGCAACUUUGAGUGGCUUACAAUAUCAUAAAUUCAUAAAGUAAUAGGACAUUGAUAAGAAACUGUACACCAAUAUGAUGGAAUCUCCUCUAUCCCUCCAGAAGCUUUCUCCAGCAUGGAGUGCCCCCAUUGGAGCCCCAAGCCAACUGGCAGAGGCAAGUUUUAAGGCUCUUGAGUAAGGCCAAAGAGUGGGGGUAGAUCUCACAUCCAGAAUCCUCCAAAGGAUUGGGGCCACAACAGAAAAGGUUCUACUAGACCCCAACAGCUGAAAUUCCUUGACCAGUCUUCACAAUACUGAAAUCUAUGGUUUUAGAGAAAUUUAAUUGUUCAAACUGCUUUCACUAUCUUGAAAUGAGCUUAUCUGCUAGAAUAACAAGCACCUGAAAUUUAUAAUGACAAAUUAUAAUAAUGCUUUGGAAAAUCAAAAUGGCUUCCUCUAAUAAGUCUCUAAAAUCACUUCUGUUUAAAAGCAAAUCUGAAACUGGCUGAUGUUGAAGCUGGACAAUAACAUUUAAUUUUUAAAUGUUCAGCUCAAGACAUUUAAAGUUCCACAAUUUAUGUUUUAGUAAACAGUUGUGCAAUCUCAAGAUGAUGUCCAAAGCAGGAAACAACAGUUGGAUUCCAUUUGCAGUCUGAGGAAUUGGAAUCUGAUCUGUUGCCAUUAGACAUGAAGAAGUGAAUGUAUGGUUUGAAAAAUAUAGAUCUGCCAGAAAAGAUUGAAAAGAAUAUGAAUAUAAGAAAUUCUGGGACAAUGGAUAUAAUGAAGGAUGGAAUGUUGGCAAGAGGAAUGUUGUGUUCUCAAAGAGAAUUAUUCAACAACAUAUGUUGCAAAGAUACUUACAAUAGAGUCUUAUGAACUUUGGAAAUGAAAUGCAAUUUUUGGGAAAGUUCCCAAUUAAAAACCUAAUGAAAGGUUUUCAUCAAGGUUUUAAGAAACUAAAGGAGGGUAUUUGACCAAAUACCUUGGUAUUUGACUCAGAGAUAAUGAUUGGGGUGAUUCGUGGUAAAUAAGAAACCGUGUAGAUGUUCUACAAGUAAAUUACAAUAACAGACUGAUAACACAAUGCUUUGAGCUCCAACUUUGCUGUUAUUUGACCUGUUAGCUAGUGUUUCCUUCAUAUUCGUAAUGUUUGACAGGUCAUUUGGGUUGCAAAUAGAUGUAUAAGCUUAUAAAUUUAGGCCUCCUUUGCAAUAGGAGGAAGGUAUUGUUACAAUAGAUUUGUCAAUGUUCAGCUGGGGAGAUUAUUACUGUUUUUGUCCUUUUUUAUUCACAUUUUUAAUGUUUUUGUGUAGAUUUGUCUGUUUAAUUUUUUUCUUUUGGAUUUUGUGUUAUAAUCUCUUGAAUAAAAGAAAAUUGGACAAUAAAAAGAGAGGUCCUUGGUGUUCUGAACAUAGUUGUUUUCUUGCAGACGUUUCAUUACCCAAAUUAGGUAACAUUAUCAGGGCUAGUUUGGGAAACGUUUGCAAGACCCCUCAUUUCAACCUGAGCUAUAAAUAUUCUUUAUUGGUACAAUAAAAAGACAUUUAAAAUUCCAGAUCAAAAUGUGUUUUCUGGGAUUCCACAGCAACUCGUUAAGUUGUUGAACAAUUAUACUAAUUAAUACACAGAUAACUUUAAAUGUAGUUUAUGUAUUUAUAAUUCAUUAUUGAAAAAGAUCUAUUUGAAAAAGCAUGGUAUUCCAAACACAGUUUUCCAGCCACAUUUAUAGUUCUUUGGAAAAAAAGCUUGACAAUGAUAUACUCUAUACUUGAUGGUAUUUUCUCUCCCCCCCGUUUAUUGAGGCAAUCGCAGCUAAUAUUAAAUCAAGCGAUUAAAACUAUUUCAGUGUGUCCAGCUUUCUAUUCAAUAAAAUUGAUUCAUUUAAAUUAAUUUGAUUCAAAUCAUGAAUAAAGUCUUCAAUUCCUUCUUUUCAUGCUUUGGCACCAGGAGAAUUUUUAAUUCUGUAAUUCCGUAUAUGUAUGCUCACAGAGGAGAGGAUUGACUUAUGGACUGGGUAGGACUGCACUGUUCCUCCAUGAAGAAAACCACCAGCUAUCUCCUAGUUAUCUUCCUAGACU